GACGCCGCGGACGCGUUUCUGCCGCGGAAGACAGCUCUCUGCCUGAGGACCAGCUGGGAGGAACGGUGACCGCGGACACACGAACGGAUGAGACACAGGACAUGGAAAGGAAUGACAUCAUUGACUUCAAGGCUCUGGAGAAAGAGCUGCAGGCUGCACUUACUGCUGAUGAGAAGUACCAGCGGGAGAAUGCUGCCAAGUUACGGGCAGUGGAACAGAGGGUGGCUUCCUAUGAGGAGUUCAGGGGUAUUGUCCUUGCAUCACAUCUGAAGCCACUGGAGCAGAAAGACAAGAUAGGGGGAAGGAGGACUGUACCCUGGAACUGUCACACUACUCCGGGAAGGACCUCUCAGGAUGAAACCACUGAAAUCUCCCAGGAAAAAACACUCCUGCAACCUGAGACCUCAGCAGAGUUCUACCGUGAUUGGCGACGAUACUUGCGGAGUGGGCCAGAGCGCUACCAGGCCCUGCUGCGGCUCGGAGGUCCCAAGCUGGGCCACCUCUUCCAGACGGAUGUGGGGUUUGGACUUCUAGGGGAACUGCUGGUGGCACUGGCUGAUCACGUCAGGCCGGCCGACCGGCUGGUGGUGCUGGGGAUCUUGCGCAGCCUGGCCAACACCAGACGCUUUGCCCUGAACCUGAGUCUGAUGAGCUAUGCAGAGAGAGAGAGCUGCAGAAACUUGUUUCGGAAACUGCAGGCCAUGGGCACCCCCAGACCCAUGCAGGAGGGGCUCAGCCAGGAAGAGCAGGGUCUGGAGAGGCAGCCUGGUGGGCUCCAGGAGGAGGAGAGGCUCCUACAAGAACUCGUAGGGCUGUACCAAGUGGAUUGA